AGAGAGAGAGUGGGAAAAGACCUUCGCUAACAGCUAGAGAGAACAGAGGAUUCGUAUUCGCCAGUCGCACGUUGCCAUUUACGUUGGAAGGCACCGUUCACAUUUCUAACAAACUUUCAACAAUAUCAUUGUUUACCCCAGUGAUAGAAAAUAAAUUAAUCGUGAUCUAUAGUAUCGAAUUCAUCAUGAGAAAUUAUCUCCUUAUUUUUGGUAUUUUCAUUCUAAUCGAUCGUCCGAUCGAUGCACACAAUUUCGAAUUAACAUUCCCAUGUAAAAAUGAUCUCGAUUGUUCGUCUUUAUCGAAAGAUCAGAAAAAUUCUACGUGCCAGAAAGGAUUUUGCGUUUGCGAAAACGAGCAUGGAAAAAUGUUGAAUUGUUCCGGUUUGCAGAUAGCUUCUCAGCAAGAAAAAACAGUCGUUAAAGAAUAUUUGACGUUUAAUCGUGUUUCAGUACCUGCGCUUUAUCACCCGUGCAAACACGACGUUGAUUGUCAAUUAAAUAAUAGUUAUUGUAAUACUAGUAGAAGUCAGUGCGAAUGUGUGAAAGGUUUUGUUUCAUCGAUGGACAAGCAACAAUGCCUUCAAGCUGCCAAAUCAUUGAAUUUCCCUUGCACCGAGGAUAAACAAUGUUUAGUUUUUCAAUCUAAUACAAGCUGCCAAGGACAGGAAUGCGUUUGCAUCGAUGGUUAUCACGCGGUUAACAAUGUUUGUUGGAAAAUAUCUGUUUUCGGCGGAUCAUGUUCGACAACGGAGGAAUGUAAUCAUAUAAAGGGAGCCAUUUGUACGGACAAAAAAACAUGUGGUUGCAAUGAGAAUAAUGCAAUAGAUAAAACGGGACAAAAUUGCGUACCUUUCGUGAAUAAUAUCAACGAAUAUUGUAUAGAAAAUAUCACGUGUUCUACGAUACCCGAUUCGGUUUGCAUAGAAAAUAAAUGUCAAUGUCCGAAUGAUAAACAUUUCGUUGGUGAAAUUGGACAAUGUAUUCGCAACAGGGCAAUCGACGAGCCUUGCAUGAAAGAUUACGAUUGUUAUCAGCAGGAAUAUGAUACCAAAUUGCAAAAUAAAGGGUUGGUAUGCAUUGGAACCAUUUGCGAUUGUGCAAUAGAUUAUAUUAGAACUGGAGACAAGUGCGUUAAUGCAGGUUUUCUAAUGAACAUCGAUUGUUCUUUGAUCAUGAUCACGGUUGCCUUAUCUUCGUACAUUUAUGGUUUCUAUUUUUAAUAGAAAUUUAUUCUCAACGAACAUUAUAAUUGUUUAAGUCGGAAGAUGUUGAAUAGAUCUGUUAAGUCGACCCUGUAUUUCGAUUAUUUAAAUUAAUUUCAUUUUCGUUACUCACACGACUUACAGUGGCCGCCGAGUACGAGAAAUUGUGUUAAAGAAAUAAUUAUGUGUUAUGUUAUAAAAAAAAUAGUAGAGAGUUACCUGUACACGAAAUAAGAUUAUCGAGAGAUCUGAACGAAUCUAUGGUGAAAUUAGCAAAAUUAUUUUGGCGACGACUUAAUCUCAUCUUAAUGUUAAUUAUCGAUCGGUAUUAAAAUUAUGCGAUACCAAAGAACAAGACAAUUUUUUCAAUGGGGAUAGGAUAUAAUAUUUUUGGUUUUUUUAUUAUUAUUAUUAUUAUUUUUUACCCCUUUUUUUUCUUGGAUUUUUUUUCUUGCCUAGUUUAAUCAUUCAUUUCUUUCUCUUGCAAGAUUAAAUGAAUAGAGAAAGAGAUUUUCUAAUAUUUUAUUUAAAAAGUAUUGUGCAUAUAUUUUAUGCGAGUAUUGCACAUGUAUAAAUACAUAAUAUAUACGUUUAUAUGUAGAAUGAGAGAGAGAGAGAGAGAGAGAGAGAGUCAAAUUGU